AUGGCAACAACUACAAACCGCGUUCUCCGUGUCGCUCUCCGCGGCGAGGCCAUUCUCACCCACCCCCGAUUCAACAAGGGCACCGCGUUCACAGCGUCGGAACGCAGGGCCUUUGGCCUCACUGGGCUCCUUCCAUAUCGCAUCAAUACCCUCGAUGAGCAGUGUAGACGAGCCUACGACCAACUCAACACUCGCGCCGAACCGUUACGCAAAAACACCUUCCUGCAGAGUCUCAAAGACCAGAAUUGGGUGCUCUACUACGGCCUUCUGAGCAGACAUCUGAAAGAGUUGAUCCCCAUCAUCUACACCCCUACACAAGGAGAUGCCAUUGCGAACUACUCCGAACUCUUCCGCCGGAGCGAGGGUCUCUACCUCUCAUUCCCAGAGUUCGACAAGAUGGAAGAGGACUUUCUUGCGGCGACCAAGGGGCGCGAUAUCCAACUCGUCGUCGUGACAGACUCGGAAGCCAUCCUCGGCAUUGGCGACCAGGGCGUAGGGGGCAUCGGCAUUGCGACUGCAAAGUCAGCGAUCUAUACGCUUCUGGGAGGGAUAGACCCCUCAAAGACUCUCCCAGUAGUAUUGGACGUCGGGACGGACAACAAUAGCUUGCUUCAUGACCCCCUCUACGUGGGUUGGCCAAAGAACCGCGUACGAGGGAAAGCCUACGAUAGAUUUGUGGACAGAUUCGUCCAACUCGUUCGCAAGCACUAUCCUCACAGCCUAUUGCAUCUCGAGGAUUUCGGCGUCAGCAAUGCGCAGCGUCUUCUCGACACCUACCGAAGCCAGCACACGGUGUUCAAUGACGACGUUCAAGGGACCGGCGCCGUGACCCUCGCGGCCCUCAUGUCCGCCGUCGGCGUGACCAAGAGCACGCUCGCAGACCAACGGAUCGUCGUCUACGGCGCCGGCACCGCCGGCCUGGGCAUAACCCGCCAAAUCCGCGACGGCAUCAUCGCCGCGGACGGGCUCCUGCGGCAAGACGCCAACGAACGCUUCUACCUCCUCGACCGGCACGGGCUCGUCACCGACAACCUGCCGCCGUCGCACGUCCGCCCCGACGUGCGCGAGUUCUCCCGUCCCGCACACGAGUGGGCGGGGUACACGGGCAAGGAGGUCGGGCUGCUCGACGUCGUCAAGGCGGUGCGCCCGACGGUGCUCAUCGGCUGCUCGACGCACGCGGGCGCGUUCAGCGAGACGGUGGUGCGGGAGAUGGCCAAGGGGGCGGAGCGCCCGAUCAUCUUCCCGCUCUCGAACCCGACGCGGCUCGUCGAGGUGCGGCCGGAGGACGCGAACGCGUGGACGGACGGGAAGGCGUUGAUGGCGACGGGCAGCCCGUUCCCGCCGUGCAAGAUGCCGAACGGGAAGACGUACGAGAUCGCGGAGUGCAACAAUGCCCUCAUCUACCCCGGUCUCGGAUUCGGGGCGAUGAUCACGCAGGCCCGUAAGCUCUCGGACAAGAUGAUUAUCGCCGGUGCACAACGUCUGGCGUCGCUCUCUCCUGCGCUGAAGGACCCAGACAACGCCCUGCUUCCCGAUUUCGCCGAUGCUCGCACAGUGAACACCGAGGUAGCCGUGGCGGUGGCGCAGCAAGCCCUCAUAGAAGGCAGCGCGGGAGUAGAUUGGGACGUGGAGGAAGUGAGGGAUAGGAUCGCGGAGACGCAGUGGAUCGCAGAAUACCCGGACUUUUUGUACGAUCCUGUCAAAGGCGAGGGACAGUAG